CUGAGACACAAAUCAUGAGCAGCUUUAGUCACCACCGUUGAAGAAAUAAAUCUUGCCCUUGCAUCAUUGGCAUUCCAGAUGUCUUGACUCGAUUAAGCACUCUGCUCCGCUCACAUUUCUCGCUUCGAUAAACAUUCGCGUCACUGUCUGUGCCUAUGCGAUAGUUUUGACCACUACCGGCGCACCAUCUAGAGCUGCGACGCCACAACCUGGUCGCGUGCGCCUCUUUUUAGUUUUGCGUGUAUUCGAUUCGAUUAUUGUUUUGCCGCACGCAGCGCCAUUAUCCCAAAACAGCUCAACAUGUCCAAUAGCGGGGGCACUCUCACCUUGCCGUCACCGACGCACCCACAUCAUCACCAUGUUGAUGUUCAAGCCGGCUUUAGAACACUGAGGCGCUCUCUAUCGCGUUCGCCUUCCAAGUUUUCGCUGGUUCGUACGGCUUCACAGAGCAGUUCAGAUACUGGAUCUGCGCCGAACUCACCAUCCUGUCGCCGCGCACAGUCCCAAUACUUUGUGCCCGGAACUACAGCUUCAGCACAGCCAAACUCUAGCCACACCCAAUCGCCCUUGGCGACGCCUUUUCGACCUAGUGUGAAACUAUCACUACGGUCUGCUAAAUCAGCCUCCCGAAGUCCCUUAGGCACGUCCACGACAACAAGAUCUCAAGCACGGAUCCGGACGUCACCGCGAACUUCUCCGCGCAGUCCUUCUAGGCGCGCAUUAACUACUGCUUCUUCUGCAGGCAACUCAUCACCCUAUCUAUCGCUUACUCCUUCUGCUUCCUAUGGACAGGAGAACAUAGGCGUUGCAGCUACACGCAGUGCAGCAUCACGUAAGAGCUCCGAGAAGCCAUCGAAUCGGCAUAGUAUGCAUCUCGAUAUGUCCGGCUCAUCUUUACUGAACCUGCACCCGUUUAUAGAGGCAAGCCCUCUGAAGAAAAGAAAUGACACCACCAUGAACCUCGACCAGUCCACGGAGAAUAGCCCUAAGGCAAAGCGCCGAAGCUACGGUCCCUCAAGUUUGGGGGAUAGCUUUAACAUCUUCGACCACUUCCCCAAAUCAGCUAGUACCACACCAGAAACAUGUGAUGACUCGCCCAGCGAGUAUGACUGGACAACCCACAUCACUGCCAGCUCUGUGGAGCCAUCGUACUCAACGACACCAGCAGCAAUGCCACGUAGAGCAGGGUCACUCCGCAAAUCUACUCUCCAGCAGCGUCAUAAUAGUGAACGAACGUCUUGGUCACGACGAGCUGGGUUGUCCUCAUUGUCGAACGUGGUUGCGGCAAGCCAGAACUCACCAGAAGCAGCCACCUCGAACAGCAUGAAUCGGCCGCGCAUAUCUUUAGAUUCUUUCAUGCCUCCUCCACGCGACAGUCCAUUUGCUGAGAGUAUUUUCUCCAAUACGCUUCAGCCUCCUACUCAACGCCAUCCACUUUCUCGAACCAUCACAACGUCCUCUUCGGGAUCAAGCUUUGCUGACGACUCACCAACUCACGUGCCAGUUCAGGCCGAGAAACCAAGGGCUCGUAUGAACUUCUCCAAAAGUCUACCUUUGGGCGCCAUGCGACCCAGACCCGACGGUUCUGGAGGUCCUGCUCCAAGUGCGUCAACGCCUGAUUACAAACAUGCAAAACCCUUCGAAGGGGCCUUCGCCUCCACUGGCCUAGUUUCCAAGAUGAUCCGAAAUCCGGAGGAGCGACUUUCGAGUACAGUUUUUGGCGGAAACGUUCCUGAUACUCCAUGCAAAAAGGUACAGUCUGGACUACCGAAAAGGCCGAGCCACGGUUUUGCAACAUUCCCUCCGCCACCGCCAACUGGCCUGGCGAAGAGAGGGGCAAGGCUUAAUAGACACCAUGGAUCUCCCACAACACCUUUCAGUCGUAGCCCUUACCACGACCCACCGCGGCCGGUGCUUUUCCAAGGGUUUAAUGCAAAACACUCCCGUCGAGGGAGUCUUCUUAGCCUCCACAGCGAGGAAGGGAGGAGCCCUAGCAAGUACGCGGAUGAGAUGGAUACUUGUGAUGAGGGCUCAAUGCCACCUACGCCAACGAAGAAUCAGCUUAUGAGUCAAAGCUCAAGCAAUUUAAGUGAGCUGUCGAACGAGAGCCCUACGACACAUAGAUUCCUCCCAUUGUCUACGCCUAUAAACCAUGAAGUUCCUACUUGGCAACGAGAUACCGAGGUCAACUCUGGCCAUCUGGACGUCCGUGAAACUACAGAUAGCGCUUCACCUAAAACGCCACAGGAAAGUGGUCUUACCACUAAUGUGAUCCAUUCAUCGUUCCCCACCAAUCCUGAUAGUUUUCUGUUUCCCGGAAGCAAUGGCCGAGGUUCAAUUCUGCCGCCUGCUACGCCUACCACAAGACAACAUAAUUUUUCACAAUCUCUAGACAGGCGUGUCAUUACUCCGGUUCACGGAUUAACUAGCCACGAAUUGGAUCAGUGCCUCAUGCAUCGUUUCGCAAAGGUAGAAUUUGUUGGACGCGGCGAGUUUUCAGAAGUCUAUAAAGUCGUUGAAUCAACAAAAUCUACCAGCCUGAAUGACAAUGGACUUUUCGGUACGCCCGCACCACUCUCCCAAACAAUUGUUCCGUCAGCUUCCAAGAUGUUUGCUGUAAAGAAAUUGAAUCUUCCGAUUCAAGGCGAUAAAGACCGGAAGUUGCGGAUGAAGGAAGUGAACGCACUGAAAAGGCUUGUUGGCUGUGACCACAUCUUGCAGCUUAUCGAUAAUUGGGAGGAAAACAAUAAUCUGUACAUCCAAACCGAGUUUUGUGAAGAGGGUAACUUGAAUGAGUUCCUCAAAGAGGUUGGGGCUAAGGGUCGACUGGAUGAUUUUAGAAUCUGGAAAAUCAUGUUCGAGGUAACUCAGGGACUGGGACAUAUCCAUGCUGCUGGGAUCGUCCACCGUGACCUCAAACCCUCGAAUAUCCUGGUCGGCUUUGAUGGUACCUUGAAGAUUGGUGAUUUCGGACUGGCUACAUCACUGCAAGAAGCAUCCGAUACUAACCUUGAUUUGGAUGGAGACCGAGAGUACUUGGCUCCUGAGGCUCUUCGGUCUGAAAUUGAUACACCAGCUGAUAUCUUUUCGCUCGGGUUAAUCAUGCUGGAGAUUGCGGCAAAUGUCAAAUUGCCGGAGAAUGGGGCUACAUGGACUGCACUAAGAGAAGAUGAUUUCUCGGAAAUACCUGUCCUCGCACAAGUUGGCAAUGCUGUCCAGCGAGACGCGGAAGGCAUGCCUCUUGACGACACUGAACGCAGCAUGAAUGCCCUUGACAAUGACGGAAACACAGGCAAGAGCAAUCGCCGUAGCUAUAUUCUCCGAAGCACCGUUAGACAAUCGGGCGAUAUCUUCGGCUUGCAUCGAGCAGGCUCGGGCUCUAGUCGAAAGACCGAGCUACAACAACCACCUCUCUUCAUGAGCGACCCCAACCAUUGUAGCUCUUUGGACACAGUAGUGAGACGGAUGUUGGCCGCCGUGCCGGUCUUUCGUUUCACUGCUCAAGAUCUUCUUCAACUUGAGGCAUUGACUUGGGUUGGGCAUCGCCGACGAGCCGGAGCUACAGUUUUUGAAGGAAAUUGGGGACCUGGUGAUGAGGUUAUAGAACCUUUAUCUCUUGACACCGAAAUGAUAGAUGUUUAAUCUGUCAAUUACAAUUGUCAAGUUUGGGUUGAAGUUCUUGCGUCGCAUGUUGCUCAAUCUUGCGAACGCUGGAUAUGGGAUUACUGGGAAUCGGCGUUGGGUCACC